UGUUUUGGACCAUUACGCUGAUAUUAUUAUGGAGUCUUGGGAUCACGAUAUUUGUAAGGAUUAGAAGGCACACAGACUUGUUCAAACCAGAGACUCUUAUAAGAGCCUUGCCGUCCACAAAAUAUUGCCCACAAGGGCACGAUCAAGUAAUGAACCAAGUCCUUUCGCUGACUCCAUAAUGGACAACCAUUACUCUGUUUUCAUGAAUGCACUCUCCACUCUAACUCCUCCCCAGCUCUCAGAUCUGGUGGCCUCCAUUUCCGCGCUCCUCCAGCGCCACAACCGCCGUCUUGCCACCCUCCUCUCGUCCCCUGCCCUGUUCUCCCUCACUCUCCGCCACCUCGAAUCCCUUUCUCUUCACCACAAGUCCCUACUUAUUGCCCAGCACCUCUUGUCCAGCUUAACACACCUCAGCCAUUUCAUGCACACGAAGACCUCGGCUCCAUCCUACUCCGCGAGUAACAUCAAGCUGCGUGAUCUGGACGCUGUUUUGCUGUUGCUCCUCUUCUGUGAACUCCGACAACAUGAUCCCACCGCCCUCGAAGCCGAGCCAAGUAAAUGGCGUCUAGUUCUUUGUAAUUAUUACAUGUACAAUACCAUGUUAACAUUCUCUAGUAUGAUUGUAUCCGAUACAGAAGUUUUGAACAAGUUUGUAGAGUUAUUGUCGAAAUUUUUGAAGUUUGUUGGCGUGGUGGACUGUGAUGGUAGUGGGAAGGAGGGAAAGGAGGUGGCCGCCGCGGCAGCAGUGGUGGUGGCACUGCCGUCAGUGGAAGUUACUGGAGGCGGAAAGGAGUGUGUGAUAUGUAAAGAGGAAAUGAAACAGGGGAGAGACGUUUGUAAAAUGCCAUGUACUCAUUUGUUUCAUUGGAUGUGCAUACUGCCUUGGCUGAGAAAGACCAACACGUGUCCCUGCUGUCGCUAUCGCCUGCCUUCUGAUGAUGUUUCCGGGGAGAUCGAACGGCUAUGGGAGGUUCUGGUCAAGAUGGGCAGUGGCAGCCAUUCUUUCGGAUACUAACCACACAAAUCAAUACUAAUUUAGCAGGUCACAAGGUAAUACUGCGGUGGUGGUUCAUUGCUCGAAAUUUUUUUGAUGAACUCAACAAAUGUAACAUCCCGCAGAGGUGAAGUUUGCGAUAUGUAAAUGAGCUGAACUUGUAUAAUGAGCCAGACUGAUGGUUCCAGUAGGGAAAAGAAUAGUUCUAAGCUGAACAGAUUAACAAGAGGUGCUUACUGUGACUGUUUUUUAACAUUGUGUUAUUACAGAAUAAGGUUAAGGGAGUAGUUGAUGAGAGAAUAUGUGUCGGAGAGAAGAAAAAUAAAAACAAGUGGUUACGUUGAUUUGGUUAAGGAGCAUCACCCGUUAGCGAUAACAAGGUGGUUAAUGUUGGAUGAGUAUUGUCUGGUUUACGCCCAAGUUGUCAUAGAUUUUCAAGGGCCUGGAAGUGAAAGUGUAUUAGGGGCAACGACUCAAGAGUUUGUUUUGUUUUAUUUAUUUAUCAAGAACUAAUAAUAAUUUGUGCA